AUGUCGUGCAAGUCAGCGUUGACAGGCAGGGAAGGUGCUGCGAAGCUCGAGACGAACCUCUGCGCCGCGUAUCCGGAAGAUUCGAGGAGUCAAGAAGUCAUGAUGAUAGCUGUCGUCCUCUCGGCCCUUACGUUUCCGAUGGUUGGUCUGCGGUGCUUCUCGGAAUGGAAGACCACCGGCCGGUUAUGGUGGGACGACUGGACGGCCGUGGUGGCAGCGAUCCUGUUUGCUGGAAUGGCGGGCACCGAGAUCGCCAGCGCUGUCUUGGGGUUCGGAACGCACUACUGGAAUGUUGAGUUCGCCAACGGCAGGAAAUUGGCCCAGCUCUUUUACGCAGCACAGAUACUCUACAUUCUGAUACAGGUCUUUACGAGGAUCUCCAUCUUGCUGUUCAUGUCCCGCAUCUUUCCGGCACGAUGGUUUCAGCUCACCGUUCGGUCCCUCAUAGUCGUCCUGCUGCUCCACGGCGUCGCAUUUGUGCUAGCCACUGCAUUCCAGUGUACCCCUAUAUCGUCCACAUGGAACAGAAACAACCAGGAUCAGACAUGUAUAAACGUUAGUACCAUUUGGUACUCUGGGGCUGGUGUCAGCAUCAGCGAGGAACUCGUUAUUUUAUUAUUACCGAUUCCCGAGUUGGUGAAACUCCAAAUCAACACCCGGAAUAAGAUGGCGUUGAGCUUCAUAUUCAGUCUGGGAUUAUUUGCUUGCAUCACGACAAUGAUCAGACUAAAGUACAUGGCCAUAUAUUCAAGCACAUUCGACAUGACGUGGGACAAUGUCGACGUUGUCAUUUGGUCCUUUAUCAGGGAGUUCUGCGCCAUGGCCUGCGCGAGCUUCCUGCCUCUACAACCGCUGCUGCAAAAGAGCCUCAACCUCUUCUCCAGCAGCGAGGAAACGAGCAAAGUCACCAGCACGGCCCAGUCACGGAGCUCGAUACCCUAUGUCGGAAAGGACCUGCUCAACGAGCUGCCCGAAGCGCCGCAUGCCGAUGAAGUACCGCCGACGCCCAUAGACAUUGCCGACCAGCUGGCCGCCAUGGCGGACGGGAAGCGGCAAGUCACCUUCACGAGAAACAAAGGGACAUUUGUGCUUUCCGAAUUCGAGCUGCAAGACGUGGGAUCAGGGAUGAAGUGGCAGAAGCACUCGGAUGGGGAUUCUUAUUUGCUGACGCGGUAA